CUCCUGCGGCCGACGCGUUCGAGGCUAGGGUUUUGUUGAGAGCACCUCCGAUGGGGAAGGGAACCGGGAGCUUCGGGAAGCGGAGGAACAAGACCCACACUCUCUGCGUCCGCUGCGGCCGCCGCAGCUUCCACCUCCAGAAAAGCCGAUGCGGCGCUUGCGGCUACCCUUCCAGCAGGAUCCGCAAAUACAACUGGAGUGUCAAGGCUAUCCGUAGGAAGACGACGGGAACUGGGAGGAUGAGGUACCUCCGCCACGUGCCACGCCGUUUCAAGAACAACUUCCGCGAAGGUACGCAAGCAGCCCCAAGGAAGAAGUCCGUGGCUGCGGCGUAGCUGUAGUAUGCGGAAGGAGAGAUUGGUAUUGUGCUUCUACCGUGAACAAUUUUGGAUGCUUUCGGAUGGAUUUUAUAUGUUUAAUUUUUAUGGAAUUCCACUGGGAACUUUGCAUUAUGAAACUUAGAGAAUGUCUUGGCAUCUAUAUAGUGUGACAUAAAUCUAGAUGAACCUAAUGCUCUGAUUCAACUUUCAA